UUAAGCUGGGAUUUUCCAGUUAUCCUGGUUGAAUUUAGCCCUGACUCAGUUGCAUGAAAGCAGGCUAAAUUAAGCUAAAUUAUGUUGCUAUGGAGAUUUAUUCUUUGCAGCUAGCCUGCUCCAGAGCAGGCUAACAACCAGGCUAAGAUUAAUCCUAGUGAUUUAUCUGUUAGUUCCGCUGUCAAUCCUACUAGAAAUUAAUGUUUUACAGUCACUCCAUGGUCUUCUGUAAAUAUGUUGCAUCAUUUUAAUUAUUCUGCAUUAAAAUACUAGAUAUAGUCAUUCAUCGAAGUAUGCCUAUUUUAGUGUUAUUAUGAAGACUGUUCAUAUUGCUGUCAGAGGUUUGAUGAAUACAUAUAUUAUUGCAGUUGUUGAGAAUCUAAGAAAUGGCUGAUGAAGUUGCAAAGGUGGUUUCAUUUAAGUCCAUGACGAGGUCAAUAUGUAGUAUAUAUAGGCUUAAGUCCGAUUCAGGUGUUUCCUCUUAACGAUGGCGUGCCCUUUGUUGGAUGAUGUACUAGACGAGGAAGUGUUAAUACUCAGACGAGCAUUCAGGCAUGAAAGAGUCUUCCGGGACAGGUCAGACCCGUUGGCCUUUGCAGACGAAUAUCUGACUGAGAGGUACAGAUUCUCAGGUGAUGGCAUCCGAUAUCUGUGUAGGCUGCUGGGUCCAAAGAUACAACACAGAACAGUGCGAAGCCCUGUCCCACAGAUCCCACAGAUGGUCUGUGUGGCGCUGCGAUUCUUAGCAAGUGGCAUGUUCCUUUAUUCUGCUGAAAACCUUGAAAACCUCAAUAAAGGCACUAUUUGCCGCACGAUAAGAAAUAAAGUUAGUCUAGCACUGAAAUCACUUGCGCACAUAUUCAUCACCUUCCCUGGCCACAGAAGAUUCCACCACAUCAAGGAGGAGUUCUACAAGAUUAGAGCUUUGUCAUUGGUCAUUGGUGCAGUGGAUUGCACCCAUAUCCGUAUCAAACGGCCCUCAGGGGCACAUGAGGGGUUAACAGGAAACAGGAAAUCUUUCCACAGUAUCAAUGUUCAGAUGAUCUGUGAUGCUGACUGCCUUAUCACAAAUUUAGAGGCAAAGUGGCCUGGCUCGGUCCAUGACUCCAGAGUCUUUCGGGCCAGUAGAAUUUACCAGAGACUCUCACUAGGUGAGUUCUCUGGUGUGCUGCUAGGAGACAAAGGCUAUGCCUUUGAGACGUUCCUGUUGACCCCCCUUGCAGACCCCCAAACUCUAGCACAGCAGGCUUACAACCAUGCCCAUGCCAGAACGAGGGCUCGAAUCGAAAUGACCUUCGGCCUCCUGAAAUCACGAUUUCAGUGCCUGCACCACCUGAGGGUCUCCCCAGACAGGGCCUGUGACGUGACUGUUGCCUGCACAGUGCUGCACAAUAUUGCCAGCCUAAGAAAAGAAAGGGCUCCCAGAGUUGCUUUGGAUAUUGUCUGGGACAAUGCUGCCAUCUUCCCAGAUAACAUAAAUGGUAGACUGGUCAGAGAACAAUAUAUAGCAAAUUAUUUCAGUUAAUUUUGUUUUGAUUUCGCCUAUCCUUUAAUAAAGCAUAAUGUAUGUCACUCUUUCAUGUGUGCAUGCAUUUUGUUUGACAUUAGUAGCACACACUGUGUGGUUAUCUUCCCAAAUUCUAGUUCCAAUUCACUGGAUCAAUAACUAUAUAGUGUACUGGACAUUAAUGAAAAAGGUACGA